GUGUAUCAUAUAGUAUCCGUGUACUCACAAAUCGUGGGUGUGUAUAUAUAUAUAUAUAUAUGUGUGUGUUGUGUGUGUCAGGGAAGACAGUUUGGUGGUGUCGCAUAACGAAGGUCGGAAAAAUCUAUAUUAAGGGUCAAAACGCAUUUCUCUGUUAUAACCAACGGUCGAUAUGUAUGUGAAAAAAUGAAGAAUUUGGAAAUAUGUGUAUCAUUGUUUUCUAAGAAUAGCGCAACCUGUUAAAAUACCAGACGGAUUUUUGGCAUUCGUUUUUCUCUUUUCUUGUGGAAGUUAGUAUGGAAGUUUUGUGGCCGUAGACAUUUGGAACGUGCUCACGUGAGGAAUACUAGAAGUAGAUAAGAGGUCUAUGACAACAUUCCAAGAUGGCGGAAGGAAUGUGCGCCACGUGCUCUCGAUAUCUACUGAUUGCGUUCAACUUCUUAUUCUGGGUGUCCGGAGGUGCGUUGCUGGGACUGGGUAUCUGGGUCCGGGUGGACAGUCAAGUUGAGGAUACUUUAAAACAGUUUGUACACAUCACUCUCCCCGUCGACGUUCUGUACGCCGCCGCGUAUGUGUUCAUCGCCGUCGGCACAUUCAUCUUCGUAACCGGGUUCUGUGGCUGCUGUGGAGCCAUCCGGGAAAGCGCCUGUAUGUUAGCUGUGUAUAUCGGCUGUCUGACAGUGGUCAUUCUAGGAGAGUUGGCAGCCGGAGUGUACCUCGCCGUUGAACGUACUAAUCUGGAACAGAUGUUUAAUGAUAAUUUAUCGACGCAAGUUCGAAACUACACGGAUCCCGGGAAUUCUACAAUGGACUUCUUACAGAUUCAGUUUGAUUGUUGCGGCUCUCACAACUAUUCCGAAUUUAACUCCAGCGUCUACGCUCAAAAUCUACCAACAAACACAAGAAUGGAUUGGUUUGUACCGGACAGUUGCUGUGUAGCAGUGAAAGUGCACAACGCCAAAAUAUCCGACGUCGAUCGGCGAACAUGUCAGAAUGAGGCUAGGGAUAGGAUGUCCUCAAAGACAACCCAACUUAGGACGGCGGGCUGUUACGACAAGAUCAUGAAGAUGCUGCACACCAACAGCGCUAUACUUAUAGGAGUGUUGGUGGGCGUGGCUCUUUUAGCGGUGCUAGGCAUAGUAUUAUCUAUUUGUCUAUGUAGGAACCGCACUGAGUAUUGGGAGUGGGAAUAACAUCAUCAACAGCGUCACUAGUUUUUACAUCAACUGUUACCUCGUUUUCAACGCCAUCAAUCUUACCUUCGAGAAUGUUACCUCGAUUUCAGCAUCAUCAGCUGUAACCAGCAAUUGUGACUUGCCUACAACGUUAAUCACUAUCAACGUUUACCUCGUCUUCAACGUCAUCAUCUGUGACCUUACCUUCAUGGUCAUCAACUGUGACUUCACCUUCAACGUCAUCAUCUGUGACCUUGCCUUAAUGGUCAUCAACUGUGAACUUGACUUCAACGUCUUCACCUAUGACCUUGCCUUCAUGGUCAUCAACUGUGAACUUGACUUCAACGUCUUCACCUGUGACCUUGCCUUCAUGGUCAUCAUGCAACUGUGACUUCGGCUUCAAAUCAUCAUAUGUGACCUCGCCUUCAGCUUCAUCAACAGUGGCCUUUCUUCAUGGUCAUCAACUGUGACCUCGCCUUCAAUGUCAUCAACUGUGACCUUACCUUCAACCUCAUCAACUGUGACCUUUUCUUCAGUGUUAUCAACUGUGACCUCGACUUCAACGCCAUUAAUUGUGACAUCGCCUUCAACGACAUCAACUAUGAUUUCGCCUUCAACUACAUCAAUUUCGACCUCGUCUUCAACAUCAUCGAUCUUUCAGUAACCCGUACCGCGAUUUCAAUUUCAUCAGUAUAUAUAUAUAUGUAUAUUUAUCAAAUGUUACCUCGCCUUAGGAUGAAAAUAACUACCCAUAUGGAUGCAGUGAUUGAUGUACAGUGGAUAUAAUUGCCAUUGGGUGUAAGAAACCACUCAUUUACGUGUAUUGCCAAUUAAGUGUGAAAGUCUGUGUUUCGCUUAUGUACAAGUUUUAUUUCCGAGUAAAUCAAAAUGUAAAUGAU